AUGGGUCACUCAGGUGACGUCUCACUGGCGAUUACUGGAGCUCGCGGACCCUUGUCACGGCCACAGCCGAGCCGCGAUGGCGGACAGCGGAGCACGCCAGCUGAGCACCGGGUCUGCAGGAGCUGUCGGGAGUCUUCGGCGGCGCUGAGGCCGGCCACCCGGGUCUCUGGGCACGCAGCCUCCCUGGGCGCGCUGAGCGGCGGCGUGGUGCUCGGCUGGUCCAACGUGGUGCAGCCGUACCUCCAGGAGGCCGACCUCUCGUGGACCGGCGAGGAAGCCUCCUACAACCGCUCCCACCCGGCGCUCAGCAACUACGAGGACAACCUGGUGGGGGCGCUGCCCUACGUGGGGGCGCUGUUCGGGGCGCUGUUCUCCGGCGAUGUGGCCGACUCCCUGGGCCGGCGGCGCCUCCUGCUGGCCACCGCCGUGCCCUACAUGCUCUGCUGGCUGCUGGUCAUGACCACCGAGCUGCUGGCGGUGAUACUGGUGUCGCAAGUGGUGGCGGGCGUGGCGCUGGGGGUCACCUGCACCAUCACACCCAUGUACAUCGAGGAGAUCGCCGAGGACGGCAUCCGGGGAACGCUCGAGGUGUACAUGGACGUGCUCCUGACUGCAGGAGGGCUGCUCGUGUACGUGGCUGGGGCCUUCCUCGACUACUUCUGGCUGGCCGUCGCCGCGACGGGAGUGCCUCUCGUCUUCCUGCUCAGCUUCUACUUCAUGCCCGAGUCCCCCGUCUACCUGCUGUGCAAGGGCGAGAGGGACAGGGCCGAGAAGGCGCUGCACUGGCUGCGUGGGUACACGGAGCAGAGCUCCGACGAGGACGUCCAGAAGGGCAUCACGGGCCUGGAGAAGAUGCUCGGCCAGUUCCCGGCCAUCGACACCACGCCCCUGCUGACGAGGAUCGUGCGCGUCCCGUGCUUCGUCAAGGACCUCGUCCUGAACGCGGACAUCACGCCGGCUGCCGUGCGCGCCACCGUCGUCGUGUGCGGACUCAUGUGCUUCCAGCAGCUGUGCGGCCUCAGCACCGUCGUCAUGCUCGCCAUAUCGCUGCUGCAGGCGAGGAGCGGGCCCAUAGACUCGCAGUUCGAGUGCUUCAUGAUCGUGACCAGCAUAGAGGCCGUGUCGGUGACGGCGUCGGCCUUCGUCGUGGACCGCGUGGGGCGACGGGUCCUGCUGCUGGUCUCCGGGUCCCUGAUGGCCGCCUGCCACGCGGCGCUCGUCGCCAACUCCCUCAUGCAGGACGGCGCCGCGUACCCUUGGGUCCUCAUCCUCAUCUCCAACGUCUACAUCAUGGCCUUCUCCCUCGGCGUCGGACCCAUACCCUUCGUGCUGUGCGCCGAGCUGUCGCCCAUGAAGGAGAAGAACUCCAUCCAACCGCUGGCCAACUUCCUUGACUGGGGGCUGUCGUUCGUGGUGAACCAGUACCUGAACACCUUCCUGCAGGACCUGGGCGACCUCGCCAGCUUCUCGAUCUUCUGCGGGAUCUGCAUCUCGGGUACCGUCUUCGUGUACCUCUGGGUGCCAGAGACCAAGCUCAAGUCCCGGGAGGAGAUACAAGUAGCACUGGCCGACGAUGGGUCCAGCCUCCUUUCCAGCAGCCAGUGCUAGGAGCACUACGUGUCUUCUGGAAGUCUCGGUCUUCUGCGGGAUUUGCAUCUCGGGUACCGUCUUCGUGUACCUCUGGGUGCCGGAGACCAAGCUCAAGUCCCGGGAGGAGAUACAAGUAGCACUGGCCGACGAUGGGUCCAGCCUCCUUUCCAGCAGCCAGUGCUAGGAGCACAACGUGUCUUCUGGAAGUCUCGGUCUUCUGCGGGAUUUGCAUCUCGGGUACCGUCUUCGUGUACCUCUGGGUGCCGGAGACCAAGCUCAAGUCCCGGGAGGAGAUACAAGUAGCACUGGCCGACGAUGGGUCCAGCCUCCUUUCCAGCAGCCAGUGCUAGGAGUGCUACGUGUCUUCUGGAAGCCGUGAAGGUUUUCAACAACCAAAUACAACUGAAUCAGAAGCAAAUGUAUUCGAGCCAUGAAUGUCCAGUCUUUUCUGCGCAAACAGAAGAAAUGUUCUGCCAAGAGAGAACUGUUCUUUGUUCUGCGGAACAAGCAUUAGAAGAUCACAACUAAUUCCUGCACAGGACAGGAAGAUGUGCUCACACAAGCUCAUGCCAAAUUCACGAGUUUUCAUUGGAACCGAGAGCCGAUAUGCCCUAGCGAGGCGCUGAGCACACGCAGAAAUGUUUUGUAUGAUCCACGGACAACUAGUUGGCUGUGGAUGAGAGUAUUUAUCACAACAGCUACGGGACACAUUUUGCCUGUUUGUGUUACUUAAACUAACAUGUCGUUUCAUUCGCCAUAUUCGAAAAGAAAUCUUGCAGGAAUACUUAAUUACCUAUGCUCUGUACCAGGCAAAAAAUUUUCAAAUACACCAUAAAAUGUGUUUUGAAUGUUGAACCUUGUUGAAGAAAUGGUUAAAGUUUCAAUGCAACUUUCUGCAGACUAGCUACUGAAGUUAAAGCUGGCAAGCUUACAAAUAUAAGAAAUAUCUGUACUUAGUCAAAUUUAAAUUUUCAUAUAAUUGUUUAUAAAUCAAUAGGAAACAAGCAUACCUGGAAAAAAUAAGGAAUAGGCUGACAACCACAGUCAAUAAUUCACCGAAAAGAAUGAAGACUUGCUGCAAACAAAAUAUAAACAGAUAUAGUACUUAUGUAAUUAUUUACUACUAUGUUUCAUGUAAGUGCAAUUUGUUACUGCUGUAUAUUUAUCCGCCGCAGAAGUACAGUUUUUUUUGUAACAAUGAA